AUGUCAACGAUUACUUGGCUCAACUCUCCUCGCCGAAGUAGGCAGGAAAUUGGUACUCUUCAAGAUCAUAUCAAAAUCCAACAAUGGCAUCGUUUCGAUUCUAAUAAAUUGAAAACACCGUACAAACCUCUCGUCAAGUGGCGUGAUAUGGAAUCCACUAUCCUUGGCAAGUAUCCUGCCGAAGAUUUGCCUCCCGCUAGCCGAAUGCCUCCUCCACCCGAAACAAGAACAGUGGACAUGGACACGGACUCAGAAGAUGAGUUUGACGAUGGCACAGAUUGGUUGGAUGGUCCCGCUGCUCUUUCACAGUUUAAGGCAGCGGAAAAAUACUCGUUUGUGCUUGCAGCAUCCAGCGGUAUCUAUUUACGUGCACCCUACCUACGUGAACUGUUCGAUUCAAUCGGAAAACAGCCUUCGCACUCGGAUUCCGCACCAACAAAGAAGGCUGCCGCUAAAAACCUGUCCUCGUCUGUCCCCAACCCUUCUGCUUGGGACGAGUGGAAAUCCACCUAA